AUGACGCUCCCAUUGCUUACAGAACAGCUCGUCAUGGCUUACUCCUGGAGAGGAGCGAUCCUUAUUCUAGGUGCCUUGAACUUUCAUUCGUGUGCGACGGGGUUACUAAUGACGUCAAGUAGUCAACACAGGCGUAUAUUAGGAGAACCUACAUUUUUAGCCGGCAGAGCUCAGAUCGGGGAAGACCAUGAAGAAACUGUGUCCCUGAUAAACGAGCAGACGACUGUUGACCUACAUAACAUAGAUGAUGAUCGCAAUGACGAUGGAGUCUUUUGCUCCAGCGCCAACAUCGUCAGAGCUGCUAAAAAGAUAUUCCUGGAUAUUUUUGAUGUCAAAGUAUUCUGUGAGUGCCCCCGCUUUAUCACAAUCUGCAUGGCUUUCUUUACUUCCGCCGUCUCCUACUAUGGGUGGAUCGUCUUCUUGAUUCCCAAUGCCGAAGCCAAGGGUAUCAGCCCCGACAAAGCCGUCCUACUUACAACCAUUGGCGGUGCUGCGAACAUCUUUGGAAGGCUCACAAUAGGUUUCCUGGCUGUAAGGCUCAAUCUGAAACCUCAGGUCACCUACUGUUUUAUCUGCAUCGCAACAGCAGGGGCGUUCUUCUGUAAUUUCUUCACUAAGAGAUAUUCGAUUCUUAGCUGUUUAGCAGCAAUGAAUGGCUUCGCAUUGGGUGGGAAAGUCUUGAGUAGCAACCUUCUGUGUAAGGACAGUGUCUCGGACGAAAGGUACCCAGCUGCGCUGUCUUUCAUAUCACUCGCCUUUGGUAUAGGGGAGGUACUUGGGGCAUCCUUGAUUGGUCUUCUGUACGAUAACACCAAGUCAUUUGAUAUUAUUUUCUCUGUGCUUGGAGCAGCUAAUAUUUUGGAGUCCUGCAUCAUCAUUUCUCCCAUCAUCAAGGAUUGGAUGGUCGCCAUGGUUACCACCCGUUAA